AUGGACAACGAUCAAGAAUUCAAUGGAAUUCGUUUGCAGUUCGCCCUCGACGGCACUGCCGUCGCCAUUCUGUGCUUCUGUUUUCUGCUUAUGGCGCUUCCGCGCUCACCAGUUGUAAGGGGGAUAACGCACCACAUGUAUGGUGAUACCGGCCACUGCCCUGGCUGCAGGUGUGCGUGCGUGACUGCGGGACCGACCGCCCCCUCCUCCUCCAACGGCGACGACGAAGAUGAAGACAAGGAGGACGAUGGCAAUGACGAGGAAGGAGGGUAA